AUGCCUAUCUCGCGGAAAAAGGCUUGCACAAACUGCCGCUCUUCCAAAUCGGGCUGCGAUAGGGCGCUUCCUGCCUGUCAUCGUUGCACUCAGAAACAACUCCGAUGCAUCUAUGAUGGCCGGAAGCGAGACCAUUUCUCGCCUCUGGCUAGGCCAUUGCUCCCUCGUAUCCCAAAGAGCCCCCUACAAGGAUCAGCUCCAAUCCCAUCAAGAAAUCCUGAGGGUGACACCUCCGAAAAUCCCGCUAUCGGCGACCCAGAACCAUCAUCUGCUCCGUUGAGAACCGCUUUUCCCAUUGAGUGGUGGGGGUCAGACGAAUUUGGUAAUUCUAUCGACUCGACAGCAAAAGCAGAUCCUGGAAAUUCUCUUAUUCAACUCGAGCCCCCAAUAGGGACGUUUGCAUGUAGCACUGCUGGGACCCUUCUAUCUAGAUUCUCCCUGGAUGAUGAAACUCCCACUGCAUCUGCCUUGGAUAUAGCUGGCUUGAGCUAUUCCACAGCCGAUUCUCAGUUAAUCUCAACUACACAACGCCCGGAUUCCUCCCGAAGGCUUAAACAGCGAUACCCUUUAAGAGAUUGCUUGCUGGGUGUGGCUGUCUUAGGCCAACUAUGUAGCUACCCCAAAAUGAUGACUGAGGGCUUACAGCUACCUCCGUUCAUUAAGGCGCCUUGUCAUCAGAAUGAAGAGCUCGCCCCCGGUUGUGUGACGACCGGGAGACACCAAUGCUUCCCAAAAAGACUCGAUGCUUGCGCGGGCCUUGUUCAAAUGUACUACUCCAGAACUGAUGAGAAUGUCGAUGCCAUAUGGAGUAUGAUCUACGCAGAAGUAGCGAAGCUAGCAUCAGAGUGUCCAUUGUCAAAUUCCGAAGAAAAACUGGAAGUCAUGCAGUGCCUGACAGUUUUCCUGCUCUUACAGGCCGACGACCCCCAAUCAUAUGAGGCGAAUGAUAUUGAAUAUCUGCUGACUGUUGCCAUUGAUACGUACUAUGACCUCGCAUUGACUCAAGAAUGGCGUUUUGAGCUCCCCAACGCUAGACCGCUUUACCGAGAAUGGAUUUUCCGAGAAACUAUGAGAAGGCUGAUGAUCAUUUACGGUAUAUUUGAUCUGCUUCUCGAAGGCAUCGUUGGCACAGAUAAGACUGGCUGUAAGGGCGGAAGCGGGCUGAGCAAUGCCUCGCUCCCCUGUACUCGGGAUUUGUGGGAAGCAUCUACAGUUCGAACUUGGGUGGCUUGCUAUCAGAGAUAUAUCUCUUCAAGGCAGGGCGGUGUGAUGCUUCUCACCCGGCACAUUAUGGAGUUGAGGCUCACGGAUCCCUUUGCAAUCCCACUUGGCGACAGCCCAAUAUCUGAAAUGAUCCACUGGUGUAAAGGAAUGGACACAUUGGGAAAUUUGAUAUGGAUGGUCCUCCCUUUACAGCAGUAUCGAGUACGAGAAGACACGCGUGCAAUUUGGUGA